GUGAGACAGUAGUGACUGAUGCCUCAAAAAGAAAAGAAAAAGUAUCAGAGGGAAAACAACGGUAGUUCACCGUCAACAACUUUCUCUCUUCCGCGAAGGCCCAGCCACCGUGCCGCUCUGACGCUACCACCACCGUUCUAAAGUUCCUGGAUUUGCAACUGGUUGUGCAACCUCAAUCUCAAUGGCUGACUCCAGUCCAACUGCAUCUACUUCUAAUGGCACCCCCACAUAUUCUUGUUUCCAACGAACGGUUACUCUAUACGAUUGGUGGCUUGUUAAAUCUCAAAAAGACUUCCAAGGGAAGUGUGUAGCCAUCUCUGGCAUCUCUUCCAGAAAGGAAGAAGCGGUCCGUAUAUUCAAUUCUGCUCCUAUUAUCAAAAGAUAUGAUGAGUUUUCCCUUGAGACUGCCGAUGGUAUAUAUGUUCUCAUCAGGGGUUUCAUCCACAAGCAACACACGCUGGAUAAUGGUUUUACUUCCGAGAUUUUCAAGAGUUUUUUAUUCGGCUUUCCUCAAAACUGGGAAAGUUGUGCUCUAGGUUGCUUCAGAGAAGAAGCAGAAGUUGGUGCUUAUUCGGUCAAUGUUGUUAUGGAUAAUGUAUCUGCAGGUUUUGAAGAAAUCUCGGCUGACGGUGAGGAAAAAUCCAUUCCUACUUCGUUGAUAUUGCCUGAAGAGGCCCCAGAAAAUUGCAAGACACCAUUCCUUGGAGAUGGAUGCAAAGUCUCAAAGGGGUUGAGUGGGAUAGAUGUUGCUUGUGGUAGGGGUGGAAAUAGGCGUAGUAGCAGGUUGCAUAAUAUUAAUGCGUAUCAGCGGAAGAAGCAUAAGAAGCAGCAUGCAUCUAGAAGUCCUCUCAAGUGUCCCGAUGAAGAACCGAGCUAUACCUCCAAGGCCAUGGAAAAUUGUAAUUCGGAUACUGCUGUGCUUGAUAAUGUAUCAGCAAAUCUUCUAGAAAUCCCAUCUGAUGCCGUGGAAAAUUCUUUCCCUACGUCUUUGGUAACCUCGGAAAAGGCCAUGGAAGAUUGCAAUAAGUUAUUCCUUGAAGAUGAACACGAUAUGUCAAUUAAGACGGGUGAGGUCAAUGUUGUUCAUGGUAGUGGUGCGAAUAGACGUAGUGCCCGGUUGCAUAAUGUUAAACUCUACCAGAAGAAGCAACCUGCUAUUGGAGGUCCUGCAACACAUCCUGAUAAAGACCAGACCUCUGCCUCAGCUGCUUUGGAGAAGAGUGAUGGAAGGUCGGAAACUCUAUCAACACAAUCACAAAAGGGAAUAGUAAACACAUUAUCUGGGCAGGUCUCUAAUAAAUCCAGAUCCAGAAUUUCCAAAACUCCUUCAGCAAAAACUGAAGGAUGUUAUAAGAAAAAAAGGGUGACGGUUGAAAGAGAAGCAGUCCGGCCUAAGAGAAAAAUUAUUAAAUCCGCAUCUUCUGUAAAAUCUCCACAAGGAAGUGAUGUUAGUCCACUGAACAAGGGAAGUAAACAGAGAUUAUCCACAAUGUCUCCGGAGUCCUUGAGUCUCAAAAAAUCUAGAUCUGGUAGGUUACUUAUACCUCCCUUGGAGUGUUGGCGCAAUCAAAUACCUAUUUUUAAUAGGGACCAUGAAAUUACUGGAAUUCAGGAAGGCUCGUCUUUGAUAUCACCUUUUAGAGGCAUUUCACCAUCAUUGGGCAGGCCAACUAACCUAAAUAGUUCUCACUAACAAACACCCAAUUGAGGUUCCGGAGAAGGAUAGGAUUAGCCCAAGUUAUUCAGAAUAUUUCUUUAUGUUAUUUGUGAAGGAGAUCACUGGUUUCUUUAGAUUUCUUUUACAAUUUGAUCAUCAUUGUUGUUGCUUAUUUGGUAAUAGUAAUUGUUUACUGGGGAAUGUCUGAGCUGGAGAAAUAGAAGUCUAAUCCACCGGCUGCAUUAUUUAAUCUUCGGAAUAGAUGUUCUUCUAAUUUUGACAUGAUACUUUGCACACCUAUCUUGAAUCGUUGUCCUAAUUUUAUUGUUGACUUCAGUAAGUUAAGAGUAUAAUAAGUCAAAGUUGUAUUCUGAAACAUGCAGGCUCAUGAUCAAGUUAAUAGAUCCAAAUCCAAAGUUAGAAUAGUAAUUGUCUUAUAUGAAUUAAAUAUCUAAUCUUAAUCAAGUGUCUGCAUGUUUUGUAAUAUAUGGGUAAUUAACUAUAGCUUCAAUGCUGGCUCGAACGAAAUCUCCACCACCUGGAGAGGAAAACAAAUCAGUGCCUUAACGUGAAUAAAGUUGUGCAUUGAACAAAAUAAUUUAGGCUACUCCAACAUGUCAAAGCAUCAGUUGCACCAAGCCUGUUUCUCCUUUUCGAAUGCACUACCCGCAGUUUA